CCGCCCUCUCCGGCUGCUGAGUGAGCGGACGUGGCCUGAGCCCGGGCGGCUGGGCUGUAGGAAGAGGUAGGGCUCGGCUCGGCUGGGGGAGUGGAAGAGUCCCGCCGCUGCUGCUGCUGCUGCUGCAAAGGGGCGAGCGGGGGGUACGCGAAGCCAUGCCCCCAUCCUCGUGAGAAGUCUUUGCUUGGGGAUACUUGAAGGCCCAUAUGGCUGUGUAUGACGAAGACCUCCUGAAGAAUCCUUUUUAUCUGGCUCUUCAGAAACGACGUCCUGAUCUCUGCAAGAAAGUGGCUGAAGUCCAUGGAAUUGUCCUAGUACCGUGCAAAGGAAGUCUUUCAAGCAGCAUCUUCUCAACUUGCCAGUUUGACUCUUAUGUUCUCCAACCAGCAGAAGAGAACUUCCAGACUUUGAAUGGAAAGGAAAUCUCUAUUCAAGGAAAUCUGAUCGUACUUGGGACUGGUUUCAAUCAUCGUCGCUCAGUUCCUGUCCUUUUUGAGGAAACUUUCUACAAUGAGCAAGAGGAGAGCUUUAGUAUCCUAUGCUUAGCUCAUUCUCUAGAAAAAAAUGAAAGCGUAGGUGAGUCCUUCCAUCGCCAGGGAUCUGAAGGGUUUAGCGAAAAGCUGUUCUUGCGACAAAGAAUGAAUUUGCUCUCUCAGAUGUCUAUGACGCCAAUUGACUGCUUUUUUCAGCAUGUUGCUUCAGGCAACCAGGAUGAAGUCGAGCGCUUACUGAGCCAAGGAGACAGCGAUAAGGACACUGUGCAAAAAAUGUGCCAUCCGCUCUGCUUUUGCGACAAAUGUGAAAAACUGGUCUCUGGGAAGCUGAACGAUCCGUCCAUUGUCACACCUUUUUCUAGAGACGACCGGGGAUUCACCCCACUUCAUAUAGCUGCUAUAUGUGGGCAAGCCUCGUUAAUCGACUUGUUAGUUUCCAAAGGAGCUGUUGUCAAUGCUACAGAUUACCACGGAUCAACCCCGCUUCACCUCGCCUGCCAGAAAGGAUAUCAGAAUGUUACCCUCCUAUUGCUGCACUAUAAAGCUAGCACUGAAAUUCAAGACAACAAUGGCAACACACCGCUGCAUUUAGCUUGUACUUACGGCCAUGAGGAUUGUGUCAAGGCUUUAGUCUACUACGAUGUCAACUCAUGUAAAUUAGACAUUGGUAAUGAAAAAGGAGACACCCCCCUUCAUAUAGCGGCUCGCUGGGGCUACCAAGCCAUCAUAGAAGUGCUGUUGGAGAACGGAGCCAACCCGGAUAUUCAAAACCGAAUGAAGGAGACUUCUGUGCAAUGUGCAUUAAAUUCUACGAUUCUGUCUUUAAUGGAGCUGAACUACCUAAGGUUCGAAAGAAGGCAGAGUGCUUCCCAGUCGCUAACCAGGUCAGAGGACACAGCCAGCCAAGCGUCAUCUGGGUCCAGUUUAUCUUCAGCCGCCACAACUUCCAUCAAUAGACAAGACAGAACAAAAGCUUAUUACAAGGAGGUAGAGAAACUCCUUAGAGCCGUUGCCGAUGGAGACCUUGAAAUGGUAAGUUGUCCUAACAUAUUAUGUUAUCCCUAUUCAUUACUGCCCUCUUUCAUAGUCUUUGGUCUCCCUCUCUUCCUAUACCCUUUCCAGCAUGGUGCAUCAGUGCCCCUUUCCAAUAAUGAGGGCAACACAGCCCUCCACAAAGCUGUGAUGGGAGGCCACGAAGCUCUGGUCCGGCUGCUCCUGCAGUACCGAGCGCCAACUCGCAUUCGGAACAACCGGAAGUGGACUCCUCUGGACUACGCCGAACCGAAUUCAGGUAUCUUCAAGCUCUUACAAGCCAUAUCCAUGUCAGAAGAGGGAAGUCAAAUAGACGGUGAAGUUCACACAGCUGUGAAGAUCCGGAAAAAAAGCGAACGCUGCUAUUUUGAUGCUGAUAAGCAAACCGAGCCUGUUCUGCCAUUUGGUCAUAAGUCACCGAAGAUGGCGGAGGAUCUUGUUGCCCGGCGACUUCAGCUAGUCCAGUCAAUCAGCCAGUUUAACAAAUCAAAGUAUUUGCGGAAAACGAUAACACGAGAUAAAAGUGUCCCUAACUUUGAUGACGAGUUAAUGCACCAGUUAGCCAUUAAGAGCUUCGAUAAGAGCAAACUAAAACCGGUGGACCUUUUGAAACAAAGCAGAGCUCAAAUCCUUGAUGCUGGCAGCAGAAACGAACUUGCAAGAGAUGAAGAUGACCCUGAUGUGGCAGCUACUCCACCUCUUAGAAGUAAGCUCAUGCAGCGGAGACACACUGUCAACGUGGCCCUUCUGGGCACAGAUAUCCACAGCAUCUCUGAUGUACCCACCUCCAGAGAGACAAGUGUUUCCUCACUAGAAGGCCACUCCAGUGAUGAGGAACUGGCGCUGAAACGCUGAUGAGGAAUCAAGUUGGUUACUAAAGACUGCAUGAACCAGUCAGUUUCGCAUCCUUCUAAUUCCAAAGGAUGAUUACGAGCUUCAAAACUGGAACAGAAAUUUGUUUGCAGCAAGGAAACGAGAAUCUUUCUUCUCCUCUCCAUUUCCCAAACUGUUAAGAGAGAGGAUUCCCCAAAUCCAAUCCGGGUAAUUUAUCUUUAAUUCAAACUGCGAGUUAAAAACAUUGAAGACAUAUUUCUGUAUUCCUACACUUUAAACUGAUUACAGCAGAUGAGGGAGAGUUCUAUGCGAUUUCCAGAAUCCUAAUUUGAAAAGGCACCAGUAUGUUUUAUUUUCUUAUUUUACUUUAUGUGGCACUGAAUUAUACCAACUUGUCUGAAGGAACUGACGUACUUGAAUCCACGAGAAGUUUCAGGUAUAUCACAUGCCAGGCACGACUGCACAGUUCUUUGGUAGCUCUCGCUGGAAGGUGGUCCAUACAUUGUUAGCAGUGGUAGAAGUGGGAAAGUAAUCACUUUUAAGAAAGGUACAUUGUGUCUUAAGGAGCAUGAGAAUUGAAGGAGAAUAUACUGUUAUUGUGGUAAGUAUGGACACCAAUGAACAGAUUUUUAAAUCUUCAUUCAGGGGCUAGUCUGACUCGGUUGAAUUUUAAAUGGCAGACAUUCAAUGCACAGGAAUGCAAUCCCAUUAAAUUAAACGAGUCUAUUCAAAGGUGUACCUCGGUCAUUUGGGAUUUUAUAAAAGCGGUUCAGGUGGCCUUGGUUUACAUUUCUAGAAAUCUGUGUCAGCUACAGGAAACAGUCCAUUCUAAAAAGAAAAGGUCCAGAGUUGAAUGGUAACUUGAACAGCACAAUAACUAUGCUCAAUUCACAUUUUGUUUGUAUGUAAUAUUUAUAUACAAAGCCUUUUUUGUUCUGUUUUAAUGCGAUUUAUAACCUGUUUUGGGUAACAAACAGCUUGUCGUGAUUUCUCUGUACAGAGCUUCAAGCGUAAGCUGUUGAAAGAUAGGGCUCUCCAGUACGUUCCAGAAGGAGAACAAGUAUAUUUUUCUACUAAGUGCUUUGAGUUUCUCUAAUUUUCUUAUGUGCCUUGGGACUUGUGCCAAAUGAUGGAAGAGAGAGAAACAGUAAAUUAACAAAUCUAUACCCUU